AUGCAGAUCAAACCGAAAGGGAACCAAUCCUCGUCAAACUCAAUAAUUCCAACACUCAUGACAUCGCCAUACGCCGAUAUCAUUAUCUCCCUACAAGAAUACGAAGUUACUGCGCCGACACCUAUCCCCACGACACCCGUCGUCGCUACAAGACUAACUAUGUUGACGACAUGUGGCCGCCAUAAUUUUGCCAAUUUUGACCAAAUUUCUUUGACUAGGAUAUCUGUGCCGACGAUAUUUCGUUACUACAAGUCUGGCGGGAACGAUCAAAUUAUUCGUGCACCAGCUGUUCACCGACUUUUCCUUCACCUCCAUUCAUCUUCCACCACCUCUAGCCUUCCCCACCAACGACUCCACCCUCCUUCCAGCUUCUCUUCUUCACCGCCACGACAUCAACCACCAUCGGAGGAUCACCAUUAA